AUGCUUGCGCGCAUGCGUCGACUCAUAAAAGAGUCGAGAGCGGACGGACGCUUCCACAUCGAGAACCCCGCCGUCGGUGAUCCGCACAACUCGGAGGACUGGCGCAUUCGCGGCUACAACCCCCUCACACCCCCCGACCUUCUGCAGAGCGAGAUUCCUCAGUCGGCCAAGUCAAGAGAGACUGUCCUGCAAGGCCGCGAUGAAGCCGUCGCCGUCGUCCAGGGCAAAGAUGCCAAUGGCAGACUGCUGGUCGUCAUUGGCCCGUGCUCCAUCCACGACCCCAAAGCCGCUCUCGAAUACUGCGACCGGCUGAUGGCGCUGAAGGACAAGUACAAGGAUGACUUGCUCAUUGUCAUGCGCUCGUACCUCGAGAAGCCACGCACGACCGUCGGCUGGAAGGGCCUGAUCAACGACCCUGACAUCGACAACUCGUUCAAGAUCAACAAGGGCCUGCGCGUGUCACGGCAGCUCUUCCUAGAUCUGACUGAGAGGGGCAUGCCGCUUGCCAGCGAGAUGCUCGACACAAUCUCGCCCCAGUUCUUGGCUGAUAUGCUGAGUGUGGGAGCCAUCGGCGCGAGGACCACAGAGUCGCAACUCCACCGCGAGCUUGCCUCGGGUCUCUCCUUCCCUGUAGGUUUCAAGAACGGUACCGACGGCAGCCUCGACGUUGCCAUUGACGCCAUUGGCUCUGUCAAGCACCCACAUCACUUCCUUUCUGUUACCAAGCCCGGUGUUGUCGCCAUCGUCGGCACCAUUGGCAACGAUGACUGCUUUGUAAUUCUCCGCGGUGGAAAGAAGGGCACAAACUUUGACGCGAAGAGCGUCAAGGAGGCGCGCGAGAAACUCGAGGCCAAGGGCUUGAACGCGCGUCACGGCAACUCUGAGAAGAACCACAACAACCAGCCCAAGGUCGCGCAUGCUCUGGCCGAGCAGAUCGAAGCUGGCGAGACCGCCGUCAUGGGUGUUAUGAUCGAAAGUAACAUCAACGAGGGCAACCAGAAGGUGCCCAAGGAAGGCAAGGAGGGUCUCAAGUAUGGUGUCUCCAUCACAGAUGCAUGCAUCAACUGGGAAGACACGGAAAAGGUGCUUGAGCAUCUUGCACAAGCAGUCGCGAAGAGGAGGUCGAAGAACGGCAUGAACGGUCACUAAAAAGUGUUUCCUCGCAAUUUCUCGAUUAGGGCGCGAUAAUGGACGUGGUUCGGCGUUCCCGGACUGCAAUAAUACAGGGAUGGACGCGCGAACGUCUGUCCCAAGUUCAAACAU